AUGCAUUGCCAAUAUCCUCCAUCCCCAGAGGGGAUGAUCGUGACCUCCGCAUAUGUAGAGAGAGGGGCCUUAUCAGUUAAGGAGAUGCUGGAGCCGACAUGAUGAACCGCGAUAUAAGCCCGCCCCCGGCAAAGCGCAGAAGAGUGGCCCCAGCGGCAAUAUCAGCUUUCACGGACUCCGAGUCGAAGGGCAAGAUUACAAAAGAAGACAUGAGACUUCCAUCAAUACGCCUAUUCUCGUGGAAUAUCAACGGAAUUGGUCCACUCCUCCCAUCUCAGACCACCAGGAUCACGUCUUUCUUCAAGCCUCUCAACGGCGACUGGGAUAAUAGCCCAGCAGCCGGACAGCCCAAGCUAAACGGACUCCGCGCCUUUCUAUCGCGCCACAACUGGCCCGAGGUCCUCUUCCUGCAAGAACUCAAAAUCGCAGAGGGCGACUCCAAGACACUGGCUGCUCUCCUAUCCGCCCUCAACACGCCGUCAAGCGCGGAGGGCGACAAAGCCCCCGCAGACACCCGCACUUACACGCUCGACGCCGCCCUGCCGCGCGACCGGUUCAAUGUCCGGGGCUUCCAAGGCAAGCUCUACGGUGUGGGCACCAUUCUGCGGACCGACUUCGCGCGGGAGCACGUGGCCCGCGUUCGCGACGUCGACUGGGACCGUGAGGGGCGCGUGAGCAUCGUCGAGCUGAAGAACAAGAAGAAGAAGAAGAGGAGGCUUACACAAUCACAACAACACGAACACGAUAACGACGACACAACGGAUGCCGAAGAUUACAGAAGACCCCUCGCCCUGAUCAACGUCUACGCCGUCAACGGCACCUCAGCCCCCUACCGCUCUCCCCGCGACGGCGGCAGGGCGGUCGGUACGCGGCACGACCACAAGCGCGCCUUCCACUCCCGUCUGCGGGACGAGUGCCUUGCGCUGGAGGCGCGCGGCUUCCAUGUUGUCGUGGCCGGGGACGUGAACGUGGCGCGCGGACGGCUGGACGGGUAUCCGAAUUUGAGGAGUUUCCCCAGGGAGCAUUGCGCCAACAGGGCGGAUUUCAAUGUCAAGUUCUUUGGGCCGGAGGAUAAUGCGCGUGCGCAGGCGUAUUGCGGGGUGCACGAUAAGGAGGGAGGGGAUGGAGAGAAAGAGGAGGAGAAAGAAGAGCAGAAGGAGAAGGAGAAGGAGAGGUGCCUGGAUGCCGUGGAUGUGUUCCGCGCCAUGCAUGGCGCUGAGCGGAGGUAUACAUACUAUCCCCGCUCCGGGGAAUGGGGGAGCAGUUGUGAUAGGGUUGAUAUGGUGUUCGUGUCGAAGGGGCUGUGGGGAGCUGGGCAGGUGCUGGGGACGGGGAUCCUGGAUACGCCGCAGGAGAGGGGGCUCAGCGACCAUGUCCCGCUUUGGGUUGAGAUAGCGAUGGCUGGAUCCGUGAAUAGGGCAUCAGAGGCUAGUUGAUCGACUGAGUUCGAAAACCAGUAGUCACUCAUUUCAGUGUUGAUGGAGUGAACGAGGGGAGGGCCGGCUGUAAGUGACUGGCAGAAGGACAAGAUACCCACCAACAUGCCCAAAGGUUGCGGAGAGUGGAUUCACGCUCAUUGUGAGGU